UUUAUUUAAGAAGACAUUUUUAUAUUGCCUCGGGCUUAUGUCUUGUCUCAUUCAAUGUGAUGACCGAGUCGCAGCGCGUGAAAGAUUAUUUCGCAGGUCACCAGAUCCCGUUAUCAUUGGAAUGGCUAGAAAGUUGUAUAGAGUGGUGUAAAGAAAACAGUUUGCCUCAAGAUUAUGGGGAAAAGGAUUUGCAGCUCAAGGUAUAUGAACAGUGGUUGCUGUUAGACCUCAGAGACGUCGAGGUACCUUCUUUACCUGUAGCUUUAUCCACAAAGGUGAAAUACACCCUGCACGGUACCUAUUCUUUACAGGUAAUGCAGGUGAUAGAUAUUUCAAAGCCCAAACUGUGGCAGUUACAACGGAUUCGAAAAGAUAACGCCGCUAAAAAUGUCGAUCCCGACGGAGAAUUCGGGAAAAGAGUAUUGCAGUUGACUUUAACAGACGGGGUUCAAGAAAUAGAAGCAAUGGAAUUUAAACCCAUCAGUUGUUUAAACAUCAACCUGACACCCGGCAUUAAAGUGCUGCUUAUGGGGCCGAUUAUGGUGCGUCAAGGUAGACUCAUGUUGGAAAGUAGCCAUAUUAAAGUUAUUGGGGGUGAAGUAGAGGAAAUUAAGGUACCCAACGCUGUAGAGAAUGUGCUGGCCAGAGCUCUAGGGUUAAAAGAAAAUCCCAAUCCUUUUGUAAUAGAUGAAUCACUCUUAAAUGCAAAUGUUGAUGUUUUUAAACCCAAUGUUAAAUCUGUAUCUGCUAUUAAACAACCAACGGCGCAAAUGCAAGAGCAGUUUGAAAUCGAUGAGGAUUUGUUGAGAGAGUUCGAAACUGGAUUAGAAGAAACUCAAUCGACUCAUUGUAAUAGAAAAACACUUCCUGUGAAUGGGCCUGAAGAGUAUGAAAUAGAUGAAGAGUUGUUGAAAGAAUUUGAAGCUAAUUUUGAAGAAAAUGAUAUUUCUUCUCCUGCAAAAUCGCCAGAUUUGUUUGAUGAAAUGGAAGUAGAUGAGGAAGUCUUCCAUAAUAUUGAUCUAGACAAUAUAUCUAACAAUUUAAGGCCCAUUGAGGCUCACAGAGAUGCAAACGUAUCGUCGCCCACUGUGCGAGAUAAUUUUAAUGAGACUAAUUUCUCACAACUAGAUGCCGAGAUGAAUAAACGGCCUAGUUCCACCCAGAUUUUAAGCACAAACCCCAAAGAAUCACCUGCACAGUCAAAGCCAAAUGUAAUAACCAUUAAGAAACUGAAACAUUUGCAGCCAAAUAUAGGGAAGGGCAAGUUUAAAGUGAAAGCAAAGUUUAGCAGGGUUGUAGAGAAAAUGACUUUGACUGACAACAGUUACCAUAUGGUAAUAAGUUUGGCGGACACUUCCGGUGAUGUCUCCGUGCUGGUGCAUUCAAAUUUAGUGGCUAGUUUUGCGCAGUUAGAUCCGGAAAGCGCCGCCGGACUGAAAGAGAAAAUAAUGGAGAACGAUGAUGAGGCAAAGGCCAAACUUUUGAUGGUUUUAAAAAAUAUAAAAGAGAGAUUAGUGGACCUGGACGGCAUUUUUGAGAUCGAGAUAACUAGGGGAGAGAAAUAUCCAGUCUUCAUCAAUGUGCUGUGAUAUUGCUGUAAAUAAUAUAGUCUCUUAUACAGGCAGUGUUUAUUGCGUUUUUUGUGGCCAGUUGCGCAAAAAUCCUCAAUUCUAAUAGGAAAUUCAGGAGUAAACGAGUGGAUAUUUUCCUUGGGCUU